AGUGCGGGCAGCGGCCGCUCUUUUCCAACUUCUCCAUGUCCCGCGUCGUGGGUGGGUACGACGCCCAGGCCGGGGCGUGGCCGUGGACCGUCAGCCUCCAGGACCCACGCACCUGGAGAGCCCUUUUGGGCACGAAUAACCUUUGGAAACCUGGCAAACACGCGGCAAAAAGAAGGAUCAGAAACAUCAUCGUGCACACGGAGUUCAAGAGAGAAACGCUUGAAAACGACAUCGCGCUCUUGGAGCUGGGUUCGGCAGUGCCCUACAGCAGCUACAUCCAGCCCAUCUGCUUACCUCCCGCCCACCUUCACCCGCGCGUCGAAAACGAAACCGAGUGCUUU